AUGAAUGAUCUUAGUACCUUAGAAUACGUUUCUUCCUUCAUAUUUGAGCAAGAAACGUUUCGAAAUCUACCCUUUUUCAUUUGCAAUGACCCUAUUUUCAACACCCUUUAUCAAUAUGAUGCACUUUCAUCACCUUUCUCACAAAACGUUUCUUCAAGCUUUCCUACUACAAUUGAUAGACAGAAGAGGAAGACUCCUCCUCCACCUCUUCCUCCUUCGCCGCCAUCGUCUCAGGUCCUUGAAGGUAUUGCCGCUGUUGUAGGCCAACAUGUACUCUUUGGCACCACCCCAACCACCAAACCAACAACAUGCAAAGAUGACAAGAAGGUUGAAGUUUCGAAUCCUAACCCUAACACACUGAAACGUUUCGAAAAUGAAAAUGAUAGAAGAAACGUUUCGGAAAAACAGUCAAACUCUAAGGGAAAACGUUUCGAAACGAGUACAGGGGUGGAGAAGAAGUAUAGGGGAGUAAGAAAAAGGCCAUGGGGAAGGUGGUCAGCCGAGAUAAGAGACCGAGUUGGGCGAUGCCGGCAUUGGCUUGGCACGUUCGACACACCCGAAGAAGCGGCGCGUGCGUAUGACGCGGCUGCUCGGCGACUCCGAGGAUCCAAGGCCAAGACAAACUUCCAAGUACCGUCGGUGGUCCCCACCUCAACCUCAACGACAUUGUCUCCGACAUCAUCAUCCUCGUCUUCCUCGUACGACUUUAUGAAGAAUAACAACGCAACAACAACAAUGUACAAGAAAAAGUGUCAAGUGGUAACAUCUAUGUCUCAGCUUGUUACUAAAAAUAGUUUUAUGGAGCUUGACUUACAAUUGGGAGUACAUAAAUAG